AUGCAUACGUUCGUUGAUGCAAGCGAAGCCGGGUUCGCAGCCAUCAGCUACCUACGAAUAAUCAAAGGAAACUUUAUGGAGUGCAGCUUUGCGGCAGCCAAAACAAAGGUCGCCCCAUUGAAGUUCCUCUCCAUACCGCGGUCGGAACUACAAGCCGCGGUGGUUGGCGUAAGGAUAGCAAACACCGUUAGAACGUCAUUAUCCACCGCAGUACAAAGGCGUUUCUUCUGGUCCGACUCCAAGGAUGUUCUCUGCUGGAUAGGCUCAGACCACAGAAAAUACAAUCAGUUUGUGGCAUGCCGCGUCAACGAGAUACUUGAAUCAACGGAGAUAGACGAAUGGAGAUGGGUACCCACGAAUGAAAACGUUGCGGACGACGGCACCAAGUGGGCUAAAGAACCGGUAUUUGACUCAACGUCCCGUUGGUGGCGUGGACCGGAAUUUCUGUGGAGUAACGCGGAUAAGUGGCCCAAACAGCAGGAACGCGCGGAAAUGGCGAUUACCACCAACGAACUUAGAGUCCAGGUGAACUACCACAAGUCAACUCUCCCGCCACUAAUCGACCCCUCACUCUUUUCAGAAUGGACCAAGCUGGUGCGGCACACUGCGCUGGUCAUUCGAUUCGUAAAAAAUCUGAAACGAAAGAUGAAGGGAGAACGACUUGAACUGGCGACACUAACUGGAGAUGAACUAAACGAAGGAGAAACUCACCUGUACAAGACAGCUCAACAGGCAAAGUACGGUAAAGAAAUCUUCGUACUUGUCGUGGAGUAA